UCUGUGCACAUAAAAACUGUUCCACAGUGAUAAAGUCGGCAGGCGUUAUCUGCUCGCACACUGCCUCCAGUCUGUCGUCCUUCAGCUCCGUCUGUUUUUCAUCCUGAUCAUGGCUGUGACCAACCAACCGCGCUCGUACCCUGCAUCUGACUUCCAGACGGGCCUGUGUGAUUUCUGCAGCGACUGUGGAACUUGCUGCUAUGGUUUCUGGUGCUUCCCGUGUCUGGGCUGCUCCAUUGCCAGCGAUAUGGAUGAGUGCUGCCUGUGUGGUCUAUCCGUGACCAUACGGAGCGUCUACAGAACCAGAUACAACAUCAGGGGUUCACUGUGUAAUGAUUUUAUGACUAUGAUGUGCUGUCCGAUCUGCGCCACCUGCCAACUGAAGAGAGACAUCGACCGCAGGAAGGAACAGGGCGUUUUCUGAUCAGAUGCUGUUAUGUCACCAGAGAGGUUGUAAAACUCCUGGAAAUUUGUAGAUGUAGCACUUCAAAGCAAAUUGACUUUAAGCUGGAAAUUU